UUACCCAACGCUAUACCUCCACCUUAUAACCACUCCCAGCCAUGGCUCUUAAGCUUGCCUUUGCGGUUCUCUUGUGUGUGAUUCCCCAUAUCUCCGGUCAUGGCUACCUCAGUAUUCCACCCGCACGAAACUAUUGUGGUGCCUUGAAAGAUAAGGGCCCCUGUGUAAGAAACUGGACUCCCAAUGAGCUUAACUGCGGCGGGUUUGUCUAUCAGUGGCGAGAAGCUGGAGGGAAGUGUGGAGUUUGCGGAGACCCUUACGGGAAGACUCAGAGGCACACUGAGGGAGGGGAGUUUGCGAAAGGUGUCAUUACUGGGAGGUACAAAAAAGGCCAGGAGAUCACAGUAGAGGUGACGGUCACGGCUAACCAUUUGGGCUGGUUUGAGUUCCGGGUUGGUGAUAUUGGGACACCCCCCAUCACCGAAGAGAAACUCAGCUAUGUGUUGACGCAGAAGGACGGCAGCAAGCGAUGGAAGCUGACAAACCCUAAAACGGGCAAAUACAAGAUAACUCUCCAGCUACCUUCGGACCUAACGUGCAAGCGAUGUGUGCUCCGCUGGGGGUGGAACACCGGGAACAGCUGGGGGUGUGAUGACGAAGGUUGCGGCCUCGGGCAUGGAGCUCAGGAGUCUUUUGUCAACUGCGCCGAUAUCAGCAUUGAAUAAUAGAGAUAGGCGUGGUUUAUAUGGUUAAGAAUAAAGCAUCUUAAUAUUUUA